AUGGCGCAGCUGGGGCAUCGGCGGCCUAAGCGGCGUCUGAGGCGGUGCAGAGGGCGUUGGCCGGAGAAGAGGCGGCGGCGUCGCCAAACAGGCGGGGACGGCGCUGGCGUCGGCGGCGCAUGCGGCCUGGGCUGUACAAGCGGCGUCGGGAUUCAAGUGGCGGCGGCGGCGGCAGAGUCGGCGGCGGCAGCGGUAACAGCGGCGGUGCAGACAGCGGCGUUGGCGGCGCUAGCGGUGGCGGGGCCAACGGCGGCGGCGGUGGAAGCAGCGGUGGCGCAGACGACUGCGUCGGCGGUUCAGGUGGCCUCGGGGCAGACAGCGGCGGCGGUGCAGAAGCAGCGGCGGUGCAGACAGCGGGGUCGACGGUGCAAGCGGGGCGGUGCAGAGGGCGGUGGCUUCCGCGGCACAAGCGGCAUCGGCGGCGGCAGCGGCGGAGGUGCAAGCGGCGUGGGCGCAGACAGCGUCCGCUACACAAGUGGCAACGGCUUAGGCGUCGAGGGCUCAAGAGGCGAUGGCGGCGGCAGCAUAAGCGGUGUUGGCGGCGGUAGCCGUGAUGGUGCGGACAGGGGGGUUGGCAGCGCAUGCGGCGGCGGUGCAGACGGAGGUGGCUUCCGCGGCAGCGGCACAAACGGCGGUGGCGGCGGCGAAGGCGGUGUUGGCGGCGGCACAGACGACGGAGUGGGCGGUGCAAGCGGCAUUGGCGCAGACAGCUGGGCUGCACAAGCGGCAACCGCUUGGCCGUUUUCAGCUCCAGCCGCGGUAGCGGCGGCGUCGGCGGCGGUAGCAGCGGUGGAGCAGACAGCGGCCUCGGUGCAGACUGCGUCGGCUGCACAAGCGGUGUUGGCGACUCAAGCGGCGGCUGCGGCGCAGAUGGCAGCAACGCAGAUGGCGGCGGCGGGGGCUGCGCAAGCGGCCGCAGCGGGAGCUCGAGGGCCAGCAACUGAGGAAGGGCAGAGGUCUGCAGUAAGUGUCAGCUAUUGGCAUGAUCCUUCCAUCCAGCAUUUUAUAAGACUGUCUAAGGAGAAGAAGGCCUCCAGAAUUAACAGAGGAUAUUUUGCUCGAGUCUAUGGCGUCAGUCAGCUGAUAAGGGCAUUUCUGCAGAAGACAGAAUGUCAUUGUCAAAUUCUACAUCUUAGGACUGGGAUGGAGACCACCUUCUGGAGAUUAAAGAUGUUCACGCAGUUGAUCCCAAGGAAAUCCCUGGGUGGCCAAGGGGUAGAAGGAAGAGCUGAAGUCCUCCAGCACCAUGGAAUCUGGCAAUGCACUGUGGACAGAAGCCUCCACCUCCACCUGCAGAGUGUCUCAAAUCAGCAUCAUCAGCCUUGGAGCUUCCGUUGUGGCAAUGGUUGUAUGGUUUCAAGUCUCCCGGUGUCGACGCAGAGGAUGACAGAUUGAACGGCCCCUGGGAAGAUGCUUCUCUGCACAGCAUCCUUCCUUUCAUAUAAAAUCCAGAAGCCAUAUGCAACCAUGCCAAGGUAUCUGUGUCAUUCAAAUGUAGAGCCCGUCUCCUGCAGUGAAACAUGCAGAUCAAACAUGAAUGCUUUUCUGUUGCUGUCUAAAGCUGCUUUCCACCAGGAUGGCACUGCAGAACUCAUUGCUUUGAGGAAAGGACAAACAUGGAAAAAUUAGUCCUCAAUUUCACUUCAAAAAAGGGAAACUGAAGAUCUCUUGCAUGCAGAAUAGAACCAGGACCUAUAAA